ACACCUUACCCAAAUUUCAGACCGUUGCGAAACCAAAUUCCCUUUUUCUUUUCAAACCUCACAAAAACACAAAGCACACUCAUUAUCUCUUCUUCUUCUUCUUCACCUCAUUCAAUCAAAACCACAAACCUUCCUCACCCUUCAACAAUGGCCCACAAAUUCCCCCAUCUCCCCUUCCACUCCAUCGACUCCAGAUCCCUCCUCCUCCACCAGAACUCCGCCGCCGACCACCCCAUCUCUCUCCACCUCACACCUGAGCCUUUUUCCAUGGAAAGAGGCCCAAGGUACAGAGCCUACGCAGAGCUCAGAGAAUCCAAGCUCCGCUUGAGAAACGCCAUGUAUCGCCACGAUGAACACCCGGAGAAGUCCACCCCGCCGCCCAAGAAGCAAGUUAAAUUUCUGGGUUCGGAGACUGUAAGGAAAAGGUCCGCUACGGUGGCGCAAUCGGUGCCGGAUUUCUCUGCAGUGCUAAGAAAGGAGAAUAGAAAGCCGCCGCCGGGGAUGUUGUCGCCAGUGAUGGAGAUGACGCCCCCGGGGAAGACGUGGGGGAAGAAUAUUGGGGGAUUGUCGACGACUUCGAGGGGGAGUAAGUCCGCGAGUGCAGGGGAGAAAAGGGGCGGCGGAUUGACGGCGGUGAGGAAAAGCUACGCCGGAUUUGAGGAGCUGAAGGGGUUUUCUACGGCGGCGGCGAACGCCAUUAAUGGUGAAAAUAGGAAAGGAGGGAGGAGAGGGAAGACUGUAUUGGGGGUUAGACAAAUCUGAAUGAAAAUAAGAAACAAAUUAUUGUAUUUUCUCGAUGGAAGAAGAUUGCUCUGUUUAUGUGUUACAAUGUUUUUUAAUUUUUGUUGGUUUUGGUGUUGUUUUUCUAGGAUACUUUUGAUUCUUUUAUUAUAUAAUGGAUAAUUUGAGUUUGUGGAAUAAUGAAGUGAGAAGUAAAAGAAAAAUGUUGUUAUUUGUUCA